AUUUUAGAUCCAGUCAAGCCAAAAGCUAAAAACAUUUUAAGUUCAGUCGAGCCAAAAGCUAAACAUCUAACUUGCGUGAUGUUGGAAAUCCCUAGAGGAGUCUCCUAGAAGGGAACCAAGGGCAGGGUCAAGUUCUUGUGCCAGAAAAAACCUUAAAUCCAUACUUACCAUGUUUAAAAUUCUGAAAAGAGUCGACGGCUUUCUGAGUGAUUUAUAAACCGGUCAUGGUGACAUUGGGGCAAGGACCUUGCGACAAGUCUGGAGCCAACCGCUCCGCCUCCUUUACUAUAUUCUUGUGCUGGUCUUCCUUCCCUUCACUAUAUCCGCGCUCUCUCUCUCUCUCUCGCGUUCAUCUCCUCUACCUACUCUCCUCCCCGGAUAUAAAGAAGAAAAAAGGGUGAGGAUCAAGGUGAGGAGAGAUCGAAACGCGAUUGGAAAGAGUGGACGAUGAUCCUGCCGGUUGUAAAGCUGGGAACUCUGGCUCUGAAGAUCCUCUGCAAGCCCAUCGCCGGUCGACUCAAGAAAGAGGCCGGCAUCCACCCCAAGUUCCGCCAGUUCAUCAUCAGCUUUGCUCAGGGAGUGAUGAACCGCUCUGACAAGUUUCGUGAGGACUUGCAUCCAAAGCAUCUAUAUAUUGUCAUCGAAAUUGCAAACCAUCGCAUCACCACAAACAUACAAAGAUGCAUUUAUGGUCAUUCAACCAAUGUUGAGAUCCAGCCUUUGAAUGAGGAGAAAGCUGUUCAAGCUGUUGCAGACCUUAUUGGGGAAAUCUGUCUUUUCGGCUGCCGUAGGUGCUUUAAUCUUUGAGGUGCAAAGAAGUGCAAGGUCAGAAGCUCGAAAACAGGAAAUUCGCAAGCAAGAGAUCGGGCAAUGAAACAAAGAGAAUGAAACAAAGAGAGGAGGAUCUGACAAAAGUAGAGCUACUCAAGCAGAAGCUCAAUGAAAUAGAGCACCUUGCAAAGGGACGAGGCCUUUCAGGCAUUCUCAACUUCAGGCAUGGCCAUGCAUUGGAAGAAAGCAAGUUAGCAGGGCCUGCUUGAUUAGUUUGAUCAAGUUUGAUGAACUUAAGCAGCUUGUGCAGAAAGCUGUGUUUUGCCCAUUAAAUGAGUACACAUUCUUGUGUUCUGAGUUGGGGGUGUUUUGUUCACCCUGCUAUUAUGGUUCUUGACAUCAUUUUUGUUUGUAACAACUGCUGAUUCGAUUGAAAAUGGUUGAUACUUUUCUUUUA